GGCGCCGGCCGGUGACAGCAACAGUGGGUCAGUGUUAGGGACACGAUUUCAUCACUUUUGACUAUUUAAAACAACAUUCUGUCAGCGUAUUGACUGCGUGUCCACACUUGUUUAUGUGGAAGACUGUAAGUAUCCACCACACGUUGACAGUGCUUGACGCCAGAAUAUUUGACAAACUCCAGUCGCUCAGUGUUGAAAUCGCCAUUUGCAGAUUUACCUUUCGCUAUGGCGACAGUAGUUCAGCCACACAAAAGAGAGUGUCCUGUGUGCAUGAAUGACUUCACAACACCAAAGAUUCUACCCUGUGGUCAUCUCCUGUGUCGAGAAUGUGUCAUUUCCUGGAUGGACUCUAAAUCUGACGCCGGCUGUCCUCUGUGUACAUGUCCUAUAGUAGAGCAUCAAGGUAACUUAUCUCAAAGUUCAGUCGGUGUUGUCGACGCCCUGCCUACCGACUCUGUGAUGGAAGCGAUAGUAGAAAGUGCUGGCAUGCUGAUAAAGGAUGACAUUUGUAACGCUUGUGAUGACCUCACAGCUGAAUACAUCUGUAUGGAGUGUGUGGAAAAGAUGUGUCCAUCGUGUGUGAAGAUACACAAGAAGAUGGUAGCUACCCGCAGUCACGAUGUGGAGAGUGUCAGCACUGUGACACCUGAACGUCUGGCUGCCAGCCGCCCUGCACUGUGUGCUGACCACGGCGACAAACAGGCGGAGUUGUUUUGCCCUCUUCACCAUCUUGUUUUCUGCGCAUUAUGUUUUUCUGAAAAACACAACGAAUGUCCAAACGUCAGACAUCUGGAGGACGAAAUGAAGUCAGCAGAAAACGCACUCGGGUCAUUGACGGAGGUGUUGGCUAAGUGGGAAAAUAAUCUACAGCAAGCAAUAGGUAAUCUGACGGUGCGCACCCAGGCAGCAAACGCAGUUGAAGAGCAAAACAUGGCGCUGGUGGACAAGACAUGUGACCGACUUCAGAAGAUCGUGGAGGAAUGUCGUAAAAGACUGAAGAAACUAAUCCGUGAUUCCAUUGGUAAAUUCAAGAAAUCCUUGUGUGACGUCAAAAGCGAGCUGGACAAACGUUUAGGGAAAGUGACGUCACACAAACAUCUCGUGACGCGAGCCACAACAGUCAGACCGCGUCCCGCGCUGAUACACGCAGCCCAGACUCUGACAGACAGGGUCAACAGCGUUGACCUCAGUGCCGACCUGGAAGUAGAGCCUUGGGUGAGUCCAUCGCCAGACAUAAGGAAACAGUGUGACGAUGUGGGGAAAGCAAUGAGGGCUGAGCUACAGUGGAUGGAACUAGAGCUGGCUGACGUUGAAAAACCAGUCCUUGUGUUCCACGAAAACUGCGGGACCAACAUUUGUCUGACGAACUGUCAAAGGACUGCGAAGAGGAUUCUGCCUGCUACUGAAGGCCACGGUGUGGUCAUGUCACGUGACUCCAUGGCAUUGAACGUCUUGUAUGAAGUCAAAAUAGACGAAAUAAAUCCGCCAACUGAAAAAGGUGUAUCGCUUGGUGUGACGAGAUUCCCUCCCGAACAGCGCAUUGUGCCGAUGUUGUCCGAGGACCUGACCGAAUCCAUCAUCAUCUGGGAGAGUGGAAUCCGCCGCAAAGAAAUUAAUAAAACUUCUAAUGUUGCUAAAGCUCUCAAAAGCCUCAAAGUCGGGAGUCGUGUUGGACUGUUGGUGGACUCAUCAAACAACCUUCACUUUUACGCCGAUGGACAGGACAAAGGUGUUGUAGCUGAACAUAUCCCGAUGCCCUGCUUCGCCAUAUUUGACCUUUUCAGGAAUGUCACUCAGGUGACAGCUCUUCCCACUUCGAAGAGAUGAAGCAUAUGUAAGAAUAAACAGGGAGAGACAGUGAUAACACACAACAUCGGGUUUGGCAAGGAUUUCAUCAAUAAUCUCUACAGUGUGAUGUUGUUUAACUACUGGACUCAAAGAGCUUACAAAAACAAAUAACACACACUAUAUUUAAUGCUUUACACAUUACUUAACCAAAUAUAUUUUUUUCUGGUAGCUGAUCAAGAAAGUUCACAUUUUCUUCCCAGGUUUGUGUAUUUACAUCCUUCUCUUGUGUGGCAUGCUAUAGUAAGAAAGCUCUGUACAUUUACUAGAAUUUAUCACAAGUAUCAGCAUGCUACAUUUUUAAUUUAUGUUUUGUUGCUUCAAGGUGCUGCUUGUCAUGUACUUUUAUAAUCGCUGGUAUAAUUGAAACAUUAUAUGUAUCCAUUAUGUUACAAUUUAUCAAGUCCUACUUCAUGAUCUGUAUGAUAAUUUGUUGUCUAUUGCUACAGAAUAUGUUUUGUGCUUUAUAUCAAUAUCUUUGAUGUUGGUGGAGAAAAAUAAAAAAAGUUUUAUAGAAAACAUUCUUGUGUUUGCUAGCAAAACGCUUUUUAAAGUAUUAUAGUGAUAGUGGAGAUGUACGGAAGUUGCUUAACAUACGGACUCAUACGUUUAGAGACAAAUCUCUCAUUAGUUUCAUUAAGCUCCUUUGUUUGUUCAGCUGUCCACUCUAGCGAAUGGAGAAUAGUUCUAAAGAACAUAAAUAUAAAAAAUAUGAUUAAAGAGUUUAAAAAGUGUGACAAUAUAGAGAUUUAGCUCUGAUGGCGGUUUCUUCGUCGAGGAAAUUAUGAUGCGAAAGUACUUAAAUGCAUGUGUGUAACAUGAUAAUCAGUCUUAUUUUGAUGAAGUAUUGUUUAUAUAUUAUAUUUAUUUAUCCAUUCAGCUUUUAGUUUUGCUUCUUUGUCUUGGGUCUCCUCGACAGACAAUAAAGUCUGAUUUGAUUUUUUAUUGUUUCUGUGGUUAAAGGACAGAACAGUAACAGGUGACAGGCAAAUGAAGGAGGGAUAUUUCUGUAAGAGAACGAAUCAGGAAUAUUAAUUUAAUUAAUUAAACUAAAACUCACGCUAGUGUCAUCCAGUACGAUGAACCAGAUCAGCAUUUUCCUUCUUCUGUGUUUCUAAAUUAAGAAGAAUCCAAUAGUUAUAGGUUCUGUAUAUAUGUGAAUAGCGAGUUUCUGUACUGACUGUAACAGCGACUUUCUACACAAAGCUGGUUUCACUCUGGUAUAUUUUAUUCCAGACAGUAAUUUGGACAAGAAUUUCUGUUCACUUAUGUUGUCCUCUUUAGCCAUGUGACCCCAUGACACAACACCAUGUCGAGGAGUCUACUUUUUUUUGUAUCAUUGUCGCCCCGAUCCACAACAGAUCAUCUCUUCCGUCCUCACCACUGACCGGCCAGUCAUCGGGCUUGUCAGACAGGACAUGGUAAGGGUUGUGUCAUGAUGUCUGCUGACGAUGUCCUAUCUUCUUUUCUCCUACCAUUUUAUUCCAUAUUCAUAGCCUGGUAGAUAAAGGCAUGGAGAGCCUGAUCACGUGCUAGCAUUCCGCGCUAAAGGAGCAUCUCGAGUAUUCUUUU